CUGACUACACACAUACAAGGGCUGCCAGUUCGGCUUCAUUGAUGUAACUUAAACUUGCAUUCCCCAUGUUGGAGAUAUGUCUUUUGAAAUCAAAAAGCGGUCUCACAACUUUCUAACCAGGUGAAAGAUUAUGGCCAGAAAUAUACUUUUACAUAAUGUACAAAUCCUUCUAGAGGCUACCGCUGAAGAAAUCUGAAAAAUUGAUGCUCAGCAGGAGUCCAAAUUUCCUUCUGUAUCAUCUGGGCUUCAGGAAGAAAACCUACCGUAAUUGCUGCUACAAGAAUUUUUUGGGAAUGGAAUCAGAUUGCCAAGGAUGGAACUACAUCAAGCACAAACACAGAAGAGGGUGCCUUCGGGGCAGCAGUCAUAUAUGUCAUGUGACCACCGCCAUCUUGCUUGCUUGGACAAGACAGCCACCGACAUCUGCUGUUUACAGACAAAGAGGACAGCGAGGACAACUAAACUGGGGUGUUGUGCGUUCUGGUAUAAAAUACAGUCCUAUGUUAGAAAGCACAGAGCACCAUCUGUAGAAGAACGUCGGAAAUAUAACCAUGAUUUUGCUGUUUCCACCUCAUUCCAUGGAUUGCAUAACCUUGUAGAAAGAAAUACUGAUGGAACAAGUUGGCAAAUCCGUAGAGUACUUUGGGGUGUUGUGGUCUUGACUUUUGUCAUGGCAGCUUUUUCACAGGUCUGUCUGCGAGUUGUCAAUUAUUUCAGCUGGCCAACAACCACUUCAGUGACUGUCCAAUAUGCUGAUACAAUUGAAUUCCCUUCUGUGACGUUCUGUAAUUUAAACAGGUACCAAACAAAUGCUGUUAACAACCUGAGUAUUGCAUUUUUCAUGUGGAACAUUGUGUCUACAGUUCUUCAUUUUUCAAACGCUGGGGAAAUUUCUCACAAUUUACAGGAAGUCAUUGAUUUUUUGCAAUUAAACCAAAAUUUCAGCAUUAAAGACUUCACCAAAAACUAUGGAUUUUAUAUCAAUAACAGCACUUUAUUGAAGUGUGAUUUUUAUGGCAUGCCAUGCUACCCAGAGGACUUUGAACACGUUUUCACAGAAUAUGGAAACUGUUACACUUUCAAUCCGAAUUCUUGUAAAUCACAUGCAAGGGUCAGUACUUCUGGAAGAGGAUUAAGUGUGCUCUUUGAUAUAAAACAGCCAGAAUUCACUGAUGAUCCAUCACUGGGAUAUGUGGAUGCUGGGAUAACAUUUGUCAUACACUCUCCAAAGAUUCGUCCGAGAUUUGAUGGCUUGGGUCUACAAUGUCCUGCAGGGAUGCAUGCGCAUACUUUAAUAAGAUAUUUUAAGACAAUUACUCAGGAAUAUCCUUGGGGGGAAUGUAAUCCUGAUUUGGUACUGGCAUAUGAUGAAGUCUACAGCACUUACGGAUGCCUUCAAGAAUGCAAGUCUGCUCACAUACAAGAUAAAUGUGGAUGUCUGCCUUUUCUGCUGCCAGGUAUUGGGGAAGAGUGUGAUCUUCAUCGGUAUUAUAAUUGCGUAUAUCCAACACUUUAUGAAAUAGAGAAAGAAGAACUAUGUAGUGUAGGAAUGUACAAUUCUACGUGUCCAGUUCCUUGUGAAGAAACAGACUAUCCUGCUACGCUCUCCUAUUCAACAUUUCCAAGUGACAAAGCUGCCGAUUAUCUCUCCACCAAACUUAACAAAAGUGCUUCAUACAUGAGAAAUAAUUUGGUGUACAUUGACAUUAAAUACCAGGAGUUAAAUUACAAAAUAACCAAGCAACAGAAAGCUGUGACAUCUAGUGAACUACUUUCUGACGUGGGUGGACAGAUGGGUCUGUUCUGUGGAGCAAGUGUGAUAACAAUCAUAGAGGUUCUGGAGUUUCUCUUUACUAACUUCUUCUGGUUUUGCGCCUUCCUGAUUCUGAAAGUACCCAAUAUCUCAAAAUGCACUGACAAUCAAUCAAGAUAUAAACAAGAGGGGCAACAAUGUUGAUGACCAGUAUAUUAUGUGUCUCUACAUACCAGGUGUUAUUUUCCAUGUACCUGUACAUACCUGUGUAUAUGCUGGUCGGAGCUAACCAUUCUACUUUCCAGAUAUGUAGGCAUGUACAGUGACUGUGCAAGAUCUUUCAGUACAUUCAUAGGACAUUGACAGGCAAAUUUUUCUAUGAUAUGCUUUCCUGUGCAUUUUACAGGUAUGUAUAGUAGUUAGUGAUCUGUUUGAUUACUGUAUGUGUAAAAUAAAAAACAUUUAAUUGUCUCUUUUUACAUACAUUCUAGCAGGUGGU